AUGCAAAAUAGGGGGCCAACGCUGUUGGCACUUACUAUUGCUUUUCUUGUUGUUACAUGGGUGACGGUCGGUUUGCGAUGCAUUGUGCGUGUAAGGAUCGUUAAGGCGUUGGGAUUGGAUGACUAUCUGAUAGCAUUAGCACAAGUUGUCUUUACUGCUCUCUGUAUUUGUCUGAUUCUUGCUGUUCAUUAUGGCACAGGACGUCAUAAUGCCGAUGUCACCGCCGAAAAUGCUAUAGAAGCGAUCAAGUACCAAACCCUCGCUGAACUCUUCUAUAUCCCGGAAACAGCAAUUAUCAAACUAUCUGUCGGCUUCCUUCUCUUGCGCAUAACACCUAACGGCGCGAAAGUGUACCGCUAUAUUAUCUUCACCUCGAUGAUAAUUCUAUCACUUUGGACAAUCAUCUCAUUCUUUAUUGUUCUUUUCCAAUGCUACCCCGUGUCGUACGCAUGGGAUCAAACUUCUGGAAAAGGGACUUGUAAAGAUGCCAUUGUAGUCGUGAAUGCGGCGUAUGCGUUCUCGGCUAUGGACAUCCUAUUUGACUGGGGUUUUGCAUUGCUGCCUCUGCCUAUGCUAUGGGAUAUCAAGAUGUCGCUGCAGGUAAAGAUGUCGUUAUUAUUGAUUUUGGGAUUAGGAGUUUUCGCGAGUACUGCUACCAUUGUUCGUUUAAAGUAUGUGAUAGAACUUGCAGACGUCAACGAUAACCUUUACUCUCCCUCGGAAACCCUGGUUUGGACCUUAGUCGAAACUGGUCUGGCAAUUAUCGCCGCUUCUAUCGCAACUCUCCGCCCACUCUUCAGACGCUUUCAUAUCCCCGGUUUCUAUGGCUCCGGCCCCCAUUCCAACUCUCAUCCUCGACAAAGGACGACCACUGGGUACAUCCAGAGUUAUGAUUUGGGAUAUAUACGGAACGCGGAGACUAGGACAAAUACAACGCAUAUCCGCGCGACAAGCGAGGGGAAUACUAGCCAGGAAAGUAUUCUCGAUCAUGCGAAGAAUAAGAAGGAGGGUAUCAGCAAGCAAACAGAUUUCGUGGUUAGUUAUGAGACUGGGCCUACGCCGGAAGAGAAAUGA